AUGGCGGCGGUGGAGGUGGCUGAUGUGGCGGUGCGGGCGUCCGCAGAGGAGGAAGCUAUAUGCGCCUGCAUUGUAAAGAAGCAACAGUGGAGGAAUACCCGCGCCCACGCCCGAGAGCAAAAUUGGGCAGUCCGUGCCAUGGCCGGACUGCCACCCAAGGAGGAGAAGGAGGACAUCCCCAGGUCAGACAGCUCCGGCGACGAGCAGAUACGGCUCGAUCCCUACCGCGUCUUCGACCGAACAUGGACGCGCUUGUUUGUUUGUUUGUCUGCAGGCUGGUGCCACCAGAACGGCGUGUUGCUGCUGGUGUACGACCUGAUGCCCAACGGCAGCCUGGACCGGCACCUCUUCGGCCGCCCCGGCGACGCUCCGGUCCUCACAUGGGAGCAGCGCUACAAGGUGGCGGCCGGCGUCGCGUCGGCGCUCAACUACCUUCACCACGACUACGACCACGUGGUGAUCCACCGGGACAUGAAGCCGUCCAACAUCAUGCUGGACGCCGCCUUCAACGCCCGCCUCGGCGACUUCGGCCUCGCCCGCGCGCUCGACGCCGACAAGACCUCCUACACCGACCGGGCCGGCCUGCCGGGCACGCUGGGCUACAUCGCGCCUGAGUGCUUCCACACCGGCCGGGCCACCCGGGAGUUGGACGUCUUCGGCUUCGGCGCCGUCGUGCUGGAGAUCGUCUGCGGCCGCCGGAACUCCUGCUGCCACCCCGCCGGGUGCAGCCAGCUGCUGGAGGAGGCGUGGGAGCUCCAUGGCGCGGGGAGCGUCCUCGAGGCCGUCGACCCCAGGCUCGCCGGCGCGUUCGACGAGGCCGAGGCGGAGAGACUUCUGCUGCUGGGCCUCGCGUGCAGCCACCCCAACCCUGGGGAGCGGCCCACGGCGCAGGCCAUCCUGCAGAUCCUGACGCACUCCGCUCCGCCGCCGGACGUGCCGCCGUCGAGGCCCGCGUUCAUGUGGCCGGCUGUGCUCGUGAAGGGCGACGAGGAGAUGUGUACCUCCGGCAGCUCGGCCACCUGCAGCACGGUGAUGACCUCGUCGCUGUUGAGAUAAUAUAAUGGUGGAUUGAUGGAUGGUCACAAUAUCAGAACCCGCCCGGCGAGUUAGGUGCAAUUCGAUGGUCAUGUGAGAGACGACUAAGUAAAAUUUUUACCGGUGUCGGGAGCUAGCGGUGAAGCAUCCGCCGUCCACUGCUUAUAUUGGGAUUUGUGCUUGCUUUGCAUGUAUAACAUGAGAUAUCUU